UCGUGUGGUGCGUUUGUGUUGGUGCUUGAGUUUGUUGUUUUGCAAUACAUUUUCAUAUGUAGUCUGCAGCUGUCCGACGAUUUGUGGCCAAAUUUAGUUUCUUUGUAGAUUGUAGGAUUGUUGCCGAAGUGGAAGUAGGUGGUAGGCACGCCAACGGCAGCCGGUGGGGCUUUUGUACCCCUAUUAGCACCACGGUUUUGAACGUACCAACUACCAACCCUGGCCAAAAGAAUCAUACAGUCAAGUUUUGCGAUCCCACUGGCGUCAUCAAUUCGUGGGGGUGAGACCGAUUUUCCCAGCGGAAGGAAUGCAGCUGACUUUUGCAUUACGCAGUUGAAAAGUUAAUAUUUCAUCGCACGGAAGAACCGACCGUCCCGCGCUUGAAGUUCCGCACACGGAAGAUGCGCAUUCGUUGUUAGGUGUGCGAACGAAGUGACCCAGAUUGGAACGGGGUUGCGCCUGGUGCAUUUGUUAUUGACGCCCCGUGUCGUUCGUGUGCGUUUAGUGUGCAGACAGCGGAAAGGUGCGGAGCGCAUCUUGGGCAGGGCGCGAGGGUGGUCCAGAGGACAUGGAGGACGAGCUGGAAGAUAAGAUACUGUAUCAAACGUUGUCCAAGUCGCACAUGAAGCUGCUCUCGAAGUUCGCAGUCGGCGUUACGCCGCUCAACAGCUCGCUCAGCUACGUCUGGAAAGUGAUGCGGGUGUACCUGCUGAAGCCGGAGGUGCUCAUCGCCGGCCUGCUGAUUUGUCUGUUCGUCCUGUACCUGCAAGCAGCCGAAGUAUGGAGCCGCGGAUUCAUCGGCCGCAUCAGCAACUCGCUCGGCCUGGGCGGAAAGGGUGGCGGUCGGUCCGGGAAGCUUUCGAUGCUGGCCUCGGCGGCGGAAAAGAACAGCUGGGACGAGCGCACCACCGGAAGUGCCGUGUACGCGGUCCAAGGACGUCGCGCCAAGAUGGAAGACAGAUUUGUGAUAAGUGAAAACAUCAACAGCAGCGGCAUUUCCCUGUUUGCAAUCUUCGAUGGGCACGGCGGCGAAUACGCGGCCGAAUACGCCAAGAACGUGCUGAUAAAGAACAUCCACCAGAAGCUGAUGCAAUCGUCGGCCAUUGCGGACGGUAAGGAACCACCGGCCCCGACCAAGACGGCUCUUUGUGCUCAAGAUAGUGCUCAAGAGCGUACCGACCGGGAGGUGGGGGAGGAUGAGAAAAGUGGGGCCAAAGACGCCAAAGACAAGAGCUCCGACAAGGAUCCGGAAGUGAACGAGCGGUACAAGCUGAAUGCGCACAACGGGAAUGGAGAUCCUUCCGGGGCGGUUCAACGGCGGCAGAGCUUUCGCAAAUCCAAGACUGAGGACACGGUCGGCAGUAGUGGUGGAGGAGGUGGAGCGGCGGGUGGUGGUGGCGCCGCCGCCGCCGCCAGCAGUAAUCAGAUGCUGGAGAACGAUCUGCUGAGCAAGUAUAUGGGCAAUCAAUCACCGGCGCGACAGCAGGUAAAGAAGAACCUGCUGAACGGCACGUCGGGAAGCGGUCCGGCGCCGGUCAAACCGAAAACGUACGACGCCCGAUGCUACGUACAAAACGGCAGCAUUAACUUCGGCAAGAUCAUUACCGACGAAGUGCUGGCCGCCGAUUAUGAUCUGGUGGAGGCAGCUAAGAAAUUGUCGGACUUUGCCGGAACGACCGCCCUGAUUGCCGUCAUACACCGCAGCAAGCUGAUAGUGGCCAACGUGGGCGAUUCGCGGGGCGUCAUGUGCGACCACAAGGGCAACGCUAUCCCGCUGUCGUUCGAUCACAAACCGCAACAGGUGCGGGAGCAGAAGCGCAUUGCCGAUGCCGGUGGAUUCAUUGCGUUCAAGGGCGUGUGGCGGGUGGCCGGGAUUUUGGCCACAUCCCGCGCCCUCGGCGACUAUCCGCUGAAGGAGAAAAAUCUGGUCAUCGCCAAUCCGGACGUGCUUUCGUUCGAUUUGGUUGAUCAUAGGCCCCAAUUUCUCAUCCUUGCAUCGGACGGCCUGUGGGAUACGUUCACCAACGAGGAAGCGGUGGCGUUUGUGCGUGAACGACUGGACGAACCACACUUUGGGGCGAAAAGUAUCGCACUGCAGUCGUACAACCGGGGCUCGGUGGAUAACAUUACGGUGCUGGUGAUUGUGCUGAAAAACGGUCGGUACGAGAUUGGAUCAUCGAGCAACUAGGCCGGCGCCGGUCCGGAUCGAUCAGAAAGGUCCUAUCACACACACAUACACACCAUCGAUAAUCUACUUCUGUUAAUCGUUAUCUUACCAUACUUUAUUUUAAUUGAUUUUAAUCAUUUUAAAACUAUGUUAUAAAAGAUCUCUUUUAUUGGAUUGGUUUCAUCUGAUCUGUUGUAAGGCUUUGCCGUAAGUACGAGCCUUGAAACCCAACAAACACCACUAGCUGGCAAUCCGGAUUAAGUUUAAUUCGAUCACACCUUACCGAAUGCUCCACCCCAAAGAAUUUAUGGAAACAUUCGUUGCGUUGAGUAAGAGCAAUGAAUUGAGAGGCCUCAUUAAGCCUAUUUGAGUGAUGAUUUACGCUAUAAGCAUGAUGAAACAAACCGAAGGGCAGCCAGCAAGACAGCUCACCAAACUAAGCAGAACAAAAUGGUAGACGGUAGUAGAUAGCGUUAGGGGGAAAACUCAAUCCUUAUUGUAAAACAGCUUUUCCGCGCAUGACAUUCAGGAACAGCGCAGCGGUUCCCGUCGGUGUACGGUGGUGUUUUCUCCAUUCUUGCACUGCGUUUUUUCUUACCACCGAGUGCAUCUAGCCGAGCGGCAUUUGUAGCGUGUAUUGUGCAAGCAGGAUACGUAAAAAAAAUUGGGUAGCGAGUCCUCUGCUUUCCCGACGAGGCUGGACAUGAUUUCGAGAGACAAUGAUUUCAGUUUUGCGGUACAAAUAUGUUUUUUUUUCUUCUUUUUUGGAACUAAAUGAACAAAUCGUACAAGAUGUUUGCUCAAGCAGAUUAGACAAAAUUUGAACAAAUUACACACACACACACACAGACACAGUUAGGGAAUGAAUUUGAACAAAACAGAAGAUAACACGUGGAGAGUGAAGUGUGUGAGUGUUAUUCGAGCUUAUGAAUUAAGGAAAAACAAAACAAGCGGACUACAUUCUUAUGAUCCUCCCAUGUAGACGGAAACAUCACAGGAAGGAAAGUGAACAGCAGGCAACUGAGGAUGAUCGCUCGUGGUGCCUCGUGCCAAAUAGAGAGCAGAAACAGUUAACGGAUAGACCAGGUGGCAGGGAGGAUGGAUUGUUAGCUAUCUACUGCAGCUAUCAAAAUUGGGCAUCAAUUUCCGGUGCAAAACGUUUGUAACCUUAGCACACUAACAAAGCGUAAGCAAUGUGCGAGCAGCGUACUGUACUGUUGCUCCUGAAUGCUUUACAAUCAGCUAAGGGGAGGUCGAUUUUGUCGUAGGAAAAUAGUAUAGAAGUAAUAGUGUUGUGAGCGAACGAACGAACUUACUUGUAGUCGAACGGAUCUGAUGUCGAAGCAGGCGAGGAGGACAGCAGCAAACAGCCUGCACGAAAGGAGGUGCUCUGAUGAUGCGCUUUCGCCUGCAUCUUACCACUCGUUACACUGUCCCUUAAUCUCUUUCUUUCUUAACUUGCCUUAACUCCACUUAUAGCCAGCUAAACUUGGCCCGUUAGCAGAAUAGUUGUGUAAGUAAGAGGAGAAAGCGAACGGCCAAAGCAAACUCUUCACACACACACACACUGAGCAUUCUUUCGCUUUUUUGUAAGUGUACAUAUCAUACCGGAGGACUAGAAAGGAACAAACAGAAUCUUUAAAAUAAUAAUAAAAAACCCCACACACCACAAAAUCCCUGCCAAAAGGGCUUCAAACAA